AUGAGGGCCUCCCCGGCCGUCAGAUAUCCUUGGUCUAAAUUGCAUCUUCCGCUUCCCCGCACCCCUCGUCAGUCCGAGCAACUCCUCAAUGCCAUCACAUCCUCCUUCCGUCGCCAGCUCGAUCGUGAAUAUCCGACCAACAACCCUUCUACAUCCGACCGUAAUGGAGCUUCUGCCGAGAAUCCACCAGAAAAUUCCCAUUCGUCUGCUCAUGCGACUGAUAGACUUCUCCACAACAUCUUGGACAACCCACUUUUCCGGGUAGCCCCCUCGGCCUCCCCCAUCUCCAGUAAUGCGUCGGGCAUGCGCGAUGCGAAACAACGAAGAAUGUUGACAGAGCCCAUGGUGGUAUUCGACGAAUUGGCAGCGGCAGGGCAUGUCACUAAAGGCGACCUUCUCCAAUGCUUGCAGUAUCAGUUAAUGCUUGCAAGAGGUACCGGCGAUGACUUUGUCAAGGCUAUGAAAGAUUCCAAAGCAGCGACCAAAGUUGUCAACUGGUGGCUUGCCUCAGGUUGGCGAGAUCGGUUAAAGAUAUUUGAUCAUCGACAGACGUCUGCCACCUUGGUGAAGUUCAUGGUUGCGGAGGGCAUGCAAGAUACUGUUUUGACCUGGUUGGAAAUGCUGGCCAAUGCCGAUCUUCGGGCCUUCAAUGGCCAUAUCAGCCGAAGCCUCGCCGAGCGUGUCGCUAGAAACCUUCUGACAGAUUUUCUUGCCGCUGAGAAUCAAUAUGGAGGUGGCUUGUCCUCUGCUAUGCGGUACUACGUGCAGGUAGGAGAUAUGUAUUUCUCCAUGGGGGAUCUGCAUAACAGACGUGACACGAAAAACCUUCUUCGACACGCUGGUAAAUACCUGUUCCAGCAGGUCAGUCGGGAAGUACCGAAUGAUAAUAACGUGGUGUCUGCAUCUGUCUAUGAAGAAUACGCCAGGGUGAUUGCUACCGUGUGUACGGACUUUGUCACUGCGUCAGUGGCUCUCUACCACCCCACAGUACCCGACCCGAAGCCCUUUCUUCGGUAUGUGUAUAAUAAGGAUAUGCCCACGUUGCAGACAUGGCCGGUGGGCCUACGAGAGGUAUUUGUGCGCAGUGGCUCGGUCGCGCUCCGUCUUUUGAUGGACCAGGGGAAGCGGGGAGAUGCCACAUGGCUGGCAGGUAUCCUGCAGCACGUGUCAGACACGGAUAAAGCGAAUGUCGAACAUGAAGCAUCCGCAGAUGAAAAGGCUUUGCUUUCUCGACUACUCCGAGUAGACAUGGCGUGGACCUGA